AUGCCGGCUGCCGAGUGGGCCCUGCAAGCACUGAGGUCCGAAGCUGGGUGUCAAUUGGCUCAGCUGGCACUGCGGCUGUUUUUGCUGUGUGGCAUGGGAUCCCAUGAAAGGCAGCAAGCCCUUAAGGAGAAUGGCGAAACCCUUUUGGCUGAAGUGACAGAAGUGGUGCAAAGUUGCCACGUCACAGGCAUUAUCGAAUCUGGUUGGCCACUUUUUUCCCUUCUGGCUUUGCUACGUCGCGGCAUGCAGGUUGCGGAUGGUGAACGACGAAGCAGUUGGGGUAAGAGAGUUGAAGCAGCUUGGCGUUCGACGCCGAAGGUGGGUCCUCCUCCCCCAGAGCCUGAGAUCCUCCGGGCAUCGCCGCGGCUUGGUGCGUGGAUGCCCGGGAAACGGCGACCAUUGCCGAUUCCUGCAGGAAAGCACCAAACAGUGCGUUCGCGGCGUUCACUUUCAGCUGCUGCCAGCGCAGCUAGAGCCGCUGCUUCCGAGGUGCCUCGAUUUCAAUAUCUAUACUUACACGAUGUCGAGAAGACCUGGAACCGACACUUGCGCUCUGAAAGGAGCCGAUCUCGACCUACAGGUCUCUUGGAGUUCCUGUCCCAUAGCUGGCCCAGCUGCGAAGCCUUGGCGUUGCUGGAAACGGCGGCCUUCACGGCUCCAGCCAUGGCCAUGGCAUCAAGGAGCUCAUCUUUCAGACAUCCCGUGGAUGACCUGGUGAAGCUGCGGGCGUUGCUCCGACAGCAACUGGCUCUGACACCUCUGUCGGAGGCGUGGCGAAGGACGCGACCAUUGCUGGGCCUUCGGGGUUCCGUGCUGCCUUCGGAGGCCUUUCUGUUUCAUAGCCUGGCGGAUCUCCAAGGUGUGCAGGUUAUCGUGGAGUCUGGCGUGGGCAAUGGCGGCUCCACUCGUGCAGCCUGUGCAUGGGCACGUGCUGUGCCCGGAAGGCGCGUGUUGGCCUUGGAGCGGGCGCUGAAAGACUCGGUGGCCGCAGACUUGGCACCAGCGUGUCAGGGGGUACUGGAGAUGAGAUCAGGUGAUGCAUUUGCAGCUCUUGACUGGGCUUUACACUCUGUGGGAGCGCAGAAUCACUCUGUGGCUCUGCUACUGGAUGGCCCAAAAGGCCGUGUGGCGGUGAGAAUGGCCGAGGACGCUCUCCGACGUUUUCCAGGGCUCCGAGUAGCUGCAAUCCACGACGUGCCCAGACUGGACAGACGCUAUCGAGACGAAGAUGGCAGGCACUUGACUCGCGUGGCCAUGGAAGCUUCACCCUGCCUUCAAGUCUUUAGCGAUGAGUCAUGGUAUGUGGCGAACUACGCCCGUCAGAUCGACGCUGAUGCAGAAUGGGAUGAUGAUUCAGCCAACACAGGCUGGGAGCGAUUGGGCUUCCGUAGGGAGAUGGUCAGAACACAAAGCAGAUAUUAA